AGGCACAGAUGUUGCGAAAACCUCUGCGAUCGCGCAGUGGACGGCUACGUAGCGAUGGCGAUUCCGUCAAUCGCGGAUCGCGAGCGAUACUGAGAGUCGCAUCGCGAAGUCGCACGCGAACGAUCACUGCACCGUUGGCGACACCGGAAGACGACUGUAAUCGUACAUUUGAGUUUGGAAUGCAGAUUGGAAGGCGGCUUAGCAGAAGCAUUGGCAGAUUUGAACGUCGCCAUUCGUUGGGUCGAGAAAAGCCACGACCGCAAACACCAAUAGCCAAGGAACACCAUUCGGCUGUUGAAUUUACUGAUAUUGAACCAUCAAGAGAGAUUUGAUGAAAGGGAAUAUCAGUUGGAAAUUGCAUUUUGUUAUUAGUAGUUGAUUUUCUCAAAAUGAUUCUCGUAUUGAUCUCAUAGAAUAUAUUGAAAAAUUGAGUAUCCGUUCUCGCGUAGUAGAUUGUUCCUAGUAGAAUUUAAGCAUUGGCUCCAGAGUCGAUAUAAUUUCUGUCUGUUUCCUAUUUGCUUCAUAUGGAAUGAUAAUAUGCUCGACGCUUUUAUGGAGAAAUUUAUUUACUUGUGUUGCAGUACAUGUUUGUUCAGGUGCUGAUUCGUUAAUUGAAGAUAGGCAGACUCUGAGUUUAUCAAAGAAAAACCUUGAUAAUCUAAGUCACAGACGG